AUGGCAUUUGGCCGGUCAAGUCGCUCGAAGAGGCCAUCAUCUCCAGAACCACCACCAAAACCGCCGCGCCCGCAAAGAUCACAUCAGCAAACACAGGCCACACCGGGGGCGUCGUACAACCAGGCCAAUGUUCCAUACAUUGCGCCGGUUGGUGCAUGUUCCGUUAGUACCUUGCGUGCUUCACCGCCAGUUCCAUAUCAAAAUGGGCCAAUGUCCAUGGUACACCUGCCAACUACAGUUCCUUCUCAAUCUCCGUAUCAGUAUUCAGCGAGCGCUGUUAGUACCGUCAGCGCUGUCAGCAGUCCUUUGCCCGAGACCUUACAGCCACCUCAAAGACCGUCCAAAUGGAAGUCAUGCACGAAUCUCAAUCAGUCAAUGACCCAGCUCGUAUCUCACACCGUCGAAAAAACAAACGCGACCAUCCUUGAACUCGAAAAUCUGGUGCAUCACAGUUUGCGCGGUGGUGCCAACGUUAAUGAUGCUACCUGCCGGUUGUUGGAUCAAGUCAUUACUUCAAUCGAUCUAGGGUCUUUUUGUGGAAGAGAGAAUGAGCUGAGUGAGUGGUGUUUCGGUAUGAAAAUUCAAUAUGCGCUAAUAAGCGAUGGUUAUUUAGUCGCUGCGUGUACGGUUCCUUUUCAGUCCGACGCAAGGAAAGACCGACGGGCCCAGCGUCAGGGAAAGAAGCCUGCGGGCUCGGUGGACUACUUUUCCAAGGUGUAUCUUUACGCCAAUGCCCGACUUCCACCCCAACUGAUACCUCUCAAAUUUUAUCUCCCUACAUAUCCCCUUCUCCAACUCGCUGCCAAAUACUCCCGCCGUGUCUACGACAAACCCUCUGGACAUGAGAAACACUCCUAUGUGAACUCGGAUUGGCGCCAAGGUACCAAAGCGAUGGUUGUGAAGUCGCUUCCAGUGGACGAUUUGAAUACAAUUGUCUUCGCAAUCCGAGGCACUCAGAGCUUCAUGGACUGGGCUGUGAAUGUGCACACGGCACCGACCUCCCCUCAAGGUUUUUUGGACGACCCGUCAAAUUGUUGUCACUCGGGCUUCCUAUCUGUAGCACGAAAGAUGGUCGCACCUGUGGCGGCUCGGCUUCGGAACCUACUCGAGGAGGAUCCCAACCGUAUGGCCUAUUCGCUGAUCUUCACGGGCCAUUCUGCAGGUGGUGCCGUUGCCAGUCUGCUUUACUUGCAUCUUCUUUCUGAAUCGCCCGCUGUGUGUUCAGAGCUGACGCAUCUUCGGGGUUGCUUCAAAAGAAUACACUGCAUCACCUUCGGCGCCCCACCCAUCUCAAUCCGCCCUUUCCAUCCCUUUAAUGGGGUGAACGGAUCAAAAUCCAUGUUCUUUGCCUUCAUCAAUGAGGGAGACCCGGUGGCUCGGGCCGACAAAGGCUACUUUCUCUCGUUGUUGGAUCUAUAUGUUAAACCGGCACCGGGGUCGCUGUUAACCUUGUACGACCGGAAGAACACGACUGCUCCUAGUUAUUGGAGAAUACCUAGGUCUACCCUCUCACUAGCAGGUAGGCUUGUUGUUAUUCGGUCCCGAGAUCAAUUGAAUGGUCGACCGAUGGCUAUCUCGCCGGCUGGUAGUUCCAACAGUCCGGGGAUUCCUCCUGCUCUCCCCCCAAAGGAAAAUGUUGACGCUUUUGGCAUCGUAGAUGCCGACCUCAAAGGUGUUGUAUUUGGCGAUCCAGUCAUGCAUUUCAUGGAUCUGUACUCCCGACGUAUUGAUUCUAUGGCUCGAGCUGCUCUGAGUACGAGAUAA